GCGGGCAGCGCCCGGAGCGCCCCCGGCCCCGCCGCUCCCGGGGGCGGCCGCGGAUGGAGGCGCGGAGGGAUGGAUGGAGCGAUGGAUGGAGCGAUGGAUGGAGCGGCUGGAGCGGCCGGGAACAGGGCCCGGGGACGGUGGAGAUCUCUGGCCCUGGGAGUGAGCUGAAGGGGGUUCCCUCACACAAAGGGUCCCGGGCAGCAUUCCAGGCUCCGGGCGCGUCCAGGGACUUUUCCUCCUUUGUCUGAAAGGGCGGCGGUGCCGUUCCCGUCCCAGCGAUGCCUGACGGAGCCGGUGCCGCCGGGAGCGAGGAGCUGCGGCAGCUGAUCGGCUUUCAAAUCACCUUCAAACCUCGAUUUCCUUAACAUGAUCCUUCCAUCAGCGCAGUCCCCGGGGCACAGCCGGGGGGCUUUGCCGGCAGGAGAAUAAACCGGGGCUGGAGGUGACAGCCGGAACACCCCGGCCACCACGCGGGGACUCAAAAUCCACCUUCCCCAGCACUCCAGGACUUUUUAGGGUCGGGCAACAGCUUUGCACGACUUUACCCUGCAGCUCUCACCCCAUCUGCCUGCCGGGAUUCACCUCCAAUCCGGGCGGGAUAAUCCCCUCCUCGGAGCAUCCCUGGAGCCGCAGAGCAGCUUCCCCGCGGCGCCGGCUGCCGGGGAAGGGAUGAAGACGCUAUGGCCAAGCUUUUGCUAAAACUCCAGCGGUAUUUUCGGCGCAAACCCGUGCGUUUCUUCACACUGCUGGCUCUGUACCUGGCGGCCGGCAGCUUGGUUUUCCUGCAUUCCGGCUUCUCCGGGGAGCCCAGGGUGCCCGGGAGCCCGCGCAGCCCCGCGGCCGCCGAGGGGCCGGGGCUGCCCUACCUGGGGGUGAUGCAGCUCAGCCGCGGCUUCAAGGCGGCAGCCACGAUGCCGGCGGGGGGCCGAAGGCACGGCCCAUGGUUCAAGAGCACCUCCAAGGAGCCCUCGGACAGGGGAAAAUCCCGGGAUAACGGCGGCGCCCGGAGCCGGGCGCUCCGGGGCAGGAGCGGCCGCGAGAAGGAGGAGGACAGAGCCCGGUACAUCGGCUGCUACGAGGACAACACGCGGCAGAGGACCCUGCGCGGGAUGUCCUUCUUCGACUACAAGAAGAUGACGGUGUUCCGCUGCCAGGACAACUGUGCCGAGCGGGGCUACCUGUACGCGGGGCUGGAGUUCGGGGCCGAGUGCUACUGCGGGCACAAGAUCCAGGCGCCCAACGCCAGCGAGGCCGAGUGCAACAUGGCCUGCAAGGGCGAGAGGAGCAACACCUGCGGCGGGGUCAACCGCCUCUCCAUCUACCGCCUGGAGCUGGCCCAGGAGUCCGCCCGGAGGUAUGGAAGCGCGAUAUUCCGGGGGUGCUUCCGCCGGCCGGAAAACGUCUCCAUCGCCCUGCCCGCCAGCCAGCUCAUGCUCAACAUGUCUGUGGAUAAAUGUGUGGAUUUCUGCACAGGAAAGGAAUUCCCGCUGGCGGCGCUGGCGGGCACCACGUGCCGCUGCGGCUUUCCCAGCACGCUGUUCCCGCUGCACGAGCGCGAGGACGAGCAGCUCUGCGCCCACAAAUGCGCCGCCGAGGAGUUCGAGAGCUGCGGCUCCGCCGAAUUCCUGCUGGUCUACCAGACACAAGUGCAGGACAACCGCUGCAUGGACAGGAGGUUCCUGCCCAGCCGUGCCAAGCAGUUGGUGGCCCUGGCCAGCUUCCCUGGGGCCGGGAACACCUGGGCCCGGCACCUGAUCGAGCUGGCCACCGGCUUCUACACCGGCAGCUACUACUUCGAUGGCUCCCUCUACAACAAAGGAUUCAAGGGCGAGCGGGAUCACUGGAGGAGCGGGAGGACCAUUUGCAUCAAGACCCACGAGAGUGGGCAGAAGGAGAUCGAGUCCUUCGACUCGGCCAUCCUGCUCAUCCGCAACCCCUACAAGGCGCUGAUGGCCGAGUUCAACCGCAAGUACGGCGGGCACAUCGGCUUCGCCGCCCACGCCCACUGGAAGGGCAAAGAGUGGCCGGAGUUCGUGGCCAACUACGCGCCGUGGUGGGCGACGCACACGCUGGACUGGCUGCGCUACGGCAAGAAGGUGCUGGUGGUGCACUUCGAGGACCUCAAACGGGACCUGUUCGUGCAGCUGCAGAGGAUGGUGGCCCUGCUGGGCGUCACGGCCUGCGAGGACAGGCUGCUGUGCGUGGAGGGACAGAAGGACGGCAACUUCAAGCGCUCGGGGCUGAGGAAGCUGGAGUUCGACCCCUACACGCCCGAGAUGCGGAAGGCGAUCGGCGGCUACAUCCGAACCGUGGACGCGGCGCUGAAGCUCCGCAACCUCUCGGGGGUGCCCGAGGAUUAUUACCCCAGAUGA